UGGACAACAGGGGAAUUGAAUACUGCCGAGGCUUGAUCCGUGUCUUGCAAUGUCAGACUUGUCGGCAGGAGGUGCACCGGUGCAUGGGCAAAAUCAGUAAAGGCAGCAACUGGCGGCCAUCCACCUACCUCUUGAGCCACUUGACCCUCCAUAUGAACUGCAUGUGGGAGUCAAGACAGAGGCCAUUCAGGCAAAGAGGCCAACAGCAGCCAAACAAAUCAGUGCUCUCGCAUGGAGGGCCCGUGCAGAAGUGACUUCCUUCUGAUCGGGUCCCCGAUGCUCUUGCUGUGUCGCUGAGCAUUGUACACAAUCAAUGAUGAGUGUGAGUACGAGUGUCCAGCCCUCCGUGCCUGUGUGCCCGCCUCACUCACCAGCUGGUGCCCCAGCUGCCGAGCACUCGGGGACAGAACCAUGUCGAAGUGUUCGGCGUCAUCUUCCGCCGGCUUGGCAACCGGCAUGCCGUACUGCAGAAUGUCGUCGCUGUGGAAUCGCAAAGUCAGCAGCGAGUUCAGACUUACGUAGGCCGUCUUCAGGAAGUGCUCGUCCACACCGAAUCUGCUCGUGUGUGCAUGCAAAACAGGCGCAUCCGAUGGGUUGUUGUCAUGCGCAUGUCUGUCUGCAUGGAUGUCUCACUUACCGGCAUGUGUCGUGCAGGACUUGUGUGUAAGCCUCGACGGACCGCAGCAUCUCGAGGUACUCGGAGUUCUCUUCGUGCAGUAUGCGGUUGUAGAAGAGGGCUGCGCGUCCGCUGAACUGAAUGGGCCCCGGGUUGCAGAAUCGAUCCUCCAUCUCCCAUCCAGACAGACUAUUCUUCAUCCAUCUGCAUACAAAGCACACGCAUUCAAACCGGCAGGGAGAGUGGCGGGCAUGUGUGUGUGUCACUGACCUGAAUGCCUUGCCCUCCAGGUCAACCUCAGCAGAUGGCACCACUGGCAAGUUCUCAAAGCCCUUCAUUGUGUCGUCGCCAGAACGCGGAACCACCUGUAGACGACAGACAGGCAAUGCUGAGCAAUGUGACACUUCAUCUCCCUUGACGGCUGCUGUCCACCUUCAUCAUUGAUGGGAUGGGCACAGCAGCGAGCUUCCACGAGUGAGAGGGCCCGCAGAGUCCUCUAACAGUGGUGCAGUAGCCCGUCAGACCGCUCUCAACACACAUGGCCGCCAGGUGGCUGAGACACAUUGAUAUCCAGACAGACACUAGACAUGACUAUCAGACACCAUACAGGCGGCGUGGCCAGCCUCGCCGACCCGUGAGCGAAUCCGAGUCUGCUGUCGAACUCUGAGGGCAUUGACGAUCGCCCCUGGUAGCCAAAGAAGUGUGUCACCGCCUGGAAGUUGCCCACGAACCUGUUUACGUGGCAGGCAAGCACAGCACACAAAGGGAAAACCGUCCUUUCAUUGCCUCCAUGGACCGAUCCACAUAUUCCCGCCCGACUCACGUGCCGUUCUUCUUGCGCUUGGCCAGUUCUUGUUUGACCAUCUGCACAAGCAGAUGCUCCGUCUCGAUCUGGGUGAAGCGCAACUGAUGACACACGACACACACGGACAGGAACAACGCCACUCCAGCCAAUAACAAACGACCACUGUUAUUCCGUCACCUCUCCUCUUUGUAGCUGUGCGAGUGCCCGUCGGAUGAAUUUUGGGAAGGUUUUGAAGAGCGCUACACUCCAGGGGGCCAUCUUCUCCAGCAAAUCAGCCAUGUCAGUCGGGCUCAGCUCGUCUAUGUUCAUCAACUUGUUCUGAACUCACACACAGGAGAGACGCGUGUUCAUUGCCCCGUCACCCCUUGAUCUCUCUUACUUGAAAUUCUCUGAGUGUGCCAGCCUCCUGUGCGUCCUUGAGGAUGCCAUCGAGCUCGUCAGUGAGGUUGCGCAUGUUGGGCAGGUGCGAUAGGAGGGCCUCGGGAAUCAGCACGGUGCCGAAGUUCUUGCCCUGUGCUGCCCGCCUGGCCACCACAUCAGCUAUGUCCUGCCAAUCAAGGGUGUUGGCCGCAGGCAGAGGCACGGAAACAUGUGCCUGAAAUUGGUGGAACUGCUGGAAGUGCGUCUCCGCUCACCUUGACGAUGUGAACGAGGUUCUUCCCCGCAGCGCCGUAUUCCUCGCCUAUAAUGACAAUGUUGGGAUGAGUCUGGAGCGCGCACUCCAACACCUGACGAAGAGACAGACAGAAGCACAUGGAUGGAUGGAUGGAUGGACAUAAAGCUGCCAAGCCUGACCUCCGUCGAGGGGUCUCUGCCCAUGAUGCGGACGAAGUGCCAGUACUUGGGCAUCGACGCAGCGUCUGUCAGCACAUUACCCACCAGAGACGCGUAGACCUACCCCAGCGUUGCACACAGUCCCGGCCAUACAUUCAUGUGGCUAUCAUCACUCAUGUCAGGUACACCUUGCUGGUCGAAUCGAAUCCCACGCAGCAUUCGAUCAUUUCAUGGUUGACGUUGUUGGAGCCCGUACCCGGGAUGCCGAUCACCAAAGUGCCGCAGUCCUAGGGACCAGCACAUUAAACACAUGUGGGUUCUGAACCCUCCUGCCCAUCCACCCUCACCCAACUCACCACUUGCAGGAAGUGCUCCGACAAGACACACGCCUCACUCAUGGCAAAGGCCGACCCGACCAGCACCAGCCCGUCCAGUUCCAGGUCCUGGAGUGCCGCGCACACAUCAGACAGAUAUUGCCAGUGACUGACCGCCUUGCGGCGAUGUGUGUGGCUCCCUAGGUCACUGACCGUGCAAGUCUUGACUGCUUUCUCCCGUGCCUCGAGGGUCAUGAGGGAGAAGUUCAUAGAUCUGCCGAGCAGUUCCAUGCCGCCCUGGUUCACGAAGGGCUUUAUGUCCUGACAGACACAACACCGCCCGAUCAACCGACAGACAAUGCACGCGCGGGGUACGUCUGACUCACAUCAUCUCCGAUCUCGCAGUAUUUGCCCUCCAGGAGGCCGCCGAGGCCGUAGAAUCCGAUGCAAGUCCCUCCGACCAAGUCCAGCCGGUUGCACAGACCCCACAUGAUAUUGGCCACGCCCGGCGCCUGUCUUGACAUGAACACCACGCCCACACGGAGACCCGGAGAGAUAGGAGGAGUGUACUUGUCGUGGCGCAUCUCCUGAAUCACGAACUGGUGCCUGUAUGGACGGAUGGACCGUAUUGGAAUGGCUAUGUGUUUAGUUAGUGUAUGAGGGAUCGUGUUGUUGUGUACUGUAUGUACACUGCCAGACAGACCUGUUGAUGAGGUGUGGGUAGUGGAUGAGCACUUGGCGGAGUGUGUACGGGUCCUUGGGGAUGCACUGAUCGGUCCUGCGGGUACGGGCCUUCAAAUCGAAACACAAAGUUGGGAUCACUGGCCUGUACCACACACACACACACACCCCACAAUCAACCGACAAGACGCCUCUGCAUCCAUCAGUCAGCCCACCCGUGUUGUGUCGUCACCCACUCACUCACUCACUCACUCACUUAUGCUGUAGCCGCCACAGCUGGCAGGGGCCGAGCCAGUCGAGGGACUUCGGGAAGACGGCCUUCUUGCUCAUGAUCAGGGCACCCUCCCUCGGAUACGUCACCUCCUCCUGGUCACACACGCACAUACAGGAGGCUGUUCGGCGGCUGAGACACACACUCGAACUCUCCUGUGCUCAUUCUCACCUUUGUGGGAACGCAUACAGUGUUGUUGGCCAGGUCGGCGACAGGGCCCUCGAAUUGGAUGGGCCCCGGGGAUCUGUAGACGUCCUCAGUGGCCCAGACAUCGCGGACUUGGUCGAGGACUUUGAAGAGCGGGCUGUCGAGUUCGACCAGCCGCCGCUCGACGCCCGGGAAAGUGCUCUUGCCGUCGCUGAUGACCUUCAUCAUUCGAGUCAGCGGGCAGCCCGCCGGACGCCACUCCCGCGGAUGCUUGUACAAAUCACUGGGAGCCAAGACACACGCUUACACUCUCACACAUCACACACAGAGGGAGUGUGUGUGUGUGUGGGUUGGUCGGCGUACCGGACCACUGACAUAUAGCCGUUCUUGUUGUUCAUGAUCAGUGCACCUGGUCCAUCGAAAGCAUAAGUGUAGACCUCUGGUAAGCGCUCCCCCGCAGAUACGCGUCUAUCAUGUCACUCACUCACUCACCAGCGUUGAACCCCAGUGCGUAGCAGUAGUUGGCGUCAAAGUUCGAUGGCAUUGCGCAUCUUCCCUCGUAGCCAAAGUAGUGGGGCAUAAUUUCCAUGUCGGGUAGUGCGUUGCGCCGCUCGAGCUCGCUUUGCACCAGCAGAAUGAGCAGGCGCUCAGUGGCGAUCUUGGCAACCUGCAAUCGAGCACGAGAAAGAGGCAGAAGAAAGACAGACACAGACGAUGGGACAGGCGGUCUCACUCCUUACUUGUAUGUAUCCGGUGGAUUCGCGAUCCAUCAGCAGCUGCUCCUGGAUACUCUCAGGCAGAAAAGUCCACACUUUGCCGGCGGCUGAUGAGAGCUUGGAGACAUCGAAGGGCUGCAUACAGAACGAAGAGAAUGCGCGUCUCGCUGUAUAGCGAAUGCCACUCAGGUAUUUGGCGUACCCCCUCUUUGAGAAGUCGGUUGAGUUCUCCGAUGAGUACCUUCAUCUCGGGAAUGAACUCUAUCAGACCCUCAGGUACGAGAACAAUGCCGUAUGGCUUGCCCUGACAACAAGCCAAAGAAGGAGACGAAACAGCGACUCCGUCCCACCUGCCCAUUCGUUGCAGCGCAGCUAACCAUUGAGUCGCGCUUGAUGAUCAGAUCAGUGACGCUGUUGACAAUGUCCUGAUUAUGCAAGGAUUUCCGACUUAUAGCUCUUGUGUGUCUCCAUGGUGUCUGACCUGCAGGCCGAUGUUUUUGGCCUCGAUUUCCUCUCCGAUGAAGACCAUAUUCGGCCGCGUCUGCAUGGCGCACUCGAGCACCAAAUGACUCGCAGAACGGCCCAUCACACGGACGAAAUGGUAAUAUCUCUGGGCCGUUGAUAGAUCGGUGCAGAGGUUGCCGAUUAAUUCCGAAUACACUUUGGCACAUGUGUCGAAACCAAACGAACUCUCAAUCACCUGACAAUGCAAAUUCCUCUCAUCAAAAGGACGGAUGCGCAUUAUCCUCUGCUUACAGGAUUCUUGAGGUCACCGUCGAUUGUCUUUGGCACACCAAUGACGGCGCACUGGGGCAGCGCCGAACCAAAGUGCUCAGCCAGCAGGGCCGCGUUGCUGUUGGAACCGUCGCCGCCCACGUAUAUCAAUCCAUGCAGUCCCAACGAGUCAGCCACCUGAGUGAGAGGAGGAUGCCUGUCAUCCUUCUCCUGUAUCGGUGAACCUUUAUACCUCCACGGCUCUGGCUUUGUCCUCAUCGUUUCUGAUUUUGCCGCGGCCCGACCACAGCAUGUCAAAGCCUCCCAUGUUGCGAAAGCGGUCCAUUUCUUCGUCAGUCACCACCUACACGCAGCUCACUUUGUUCCCUGCAUGAGAUCCUUGAGGAUAUCAAGGGACCGACCGCACCUUGUAUUUGGAGGCAGACAGUCCAUCAACGCCUCCCAUGAAGCCGAAGAACUGUGAGUCAGGGUGCCAUUUCUUGAUGAAGUCAUAUGCGCCGGCGAUGACAUUGUGGCCGCCGGGGGCGGGGCCGCCGGAAAGCACGAGGCCUACACGCAACGGACGACGCUCGAAUGGCUCUGAAAGAGAGAAAUGCGCAAUGGACGACGACAAACAACAUCCCGCAUUCACUUCUGGAUCCUUUCCGCUCACUUUGGACACCCUCGACGUAAGGUAGGCCGAAGGUGACAGGGAAGAACUGCUUGAGCUGCUCGGCAUCCUUCUGCGCCAUCUCGGUGAGUUCACGGUCCUCAUAGAAGAUCUCCACGGUGUCGAAGAUCUUGGGCAGGUACGGCGCCCAGUGCUGUCGCCCUUUCUGAACCGGCGAGGAGGUGUCAUGAAGCCCGGCAGAGUGCAGAUGCAGCCUCUUCUCGACGUGCUGUUCGCGGAACAUAUCGUACAGCUCCUGGCCGCGAGGAACGUCCCCCAGGGUGGGCGAAUGAGGGCUGCCGGGCUCGGACGUCGAGAAGAAGGUCGCCCGACGCUCUGCUCCCUUCGAAACGACCGCCGCCUUGAACCCUUCCGCAAGUCGAAGCGAAGAUGUGUCCGACUCCUUGUCGAUUGCAGCGGGCGGAGGCUCCUGACCGGGUCUCGGCGCCUCGAGCAGUUCAUGGUUGUCGCAGGAAAUGACCUCGAGAACACUGUUGCGGCGCACAACAGGCUGUUUCGAGGAGAAGAUCUCGAAGGCCUUCUCCGGGGUGACAUCGACGUUGGUCAUCGACGCCUGCUUGCGAAUACCCAUGUGGCUUGGGGUCUGCGUCUGUGUCGUCACCGGGGGGAGGCUGGACGCCAUCACGG